GUUUGUUUCUUAUUGGAGAGGUUCCGGAUUUUGGAGCUGCAACCAGAUGCAUUCCCUGCAGUGCAUGAGGAUCUUCGAGAUCCAGGGUGUUUAUCAUGGCCCUGUCUAGGGGGACCAUAGACCAGGGUCCACCUCUUGGAUUGCUUCUUCUUUGAGAAGACAGAGAGCUCUCUUUUGAACUGGACUCUCACUAGUACCGUAUUACCGGAUUACCUAAUACCGGCCUUUUCAGUUGGGCACCAGGCAUCCCAUGCGGUCAGUCCCCGUGGGUGCUGCGCCCAACUGAUGUGGCACUUCUUUCUGGGACCUCGAGGGGGCCUCCUGGAAGGAGUACUGCGAGCACAAUCUCCAGCUUCGAACACUACGGACAUUCGAAGCUGCAUGAAGUGCUGCGAGUGUACAGCUUCUUUUUGGGCGAGGUGUUUUCAACAGCAGACCAACCAGGCCCAACAAGAGCAGUCUUGGUAUGGCAAACAAUAAAAAGAGACAUGGAAAGAUGAAAGGAGUCUUGCGUGUAUUCAUUUCCACGUUGCUCUCCAUCGCCCAUGUUCUGCAUAUUUGAUCAGCAUUUCAUCUCAAGAGCCCAGCCCUCGUCUUGAGCUGCAAAGAAUCUACAACAGGAAGAUGGCCGUGGAAGCACAGGCCCGGUCGGUCGACCUGGAGACUGCUGUGAGCGAGGUCUCAAGGCCAGCGAGGCCAAGAUGCAGUCAACGAAGUUCCAGCGCCAGAGCUCCUUCCGCCGGGGCGGCGUGAUUCCCACUGCGAUCUGCCUGAGCAAAGCCACCAUCAGCGUUGGGGUGCUCUCGAUGUCGGUGCACGCGGCGGAGGUGGGGGCUCUCUACCAGCUGGCGUGCCUCAUGCUGGGUGGCGUGCUGACAGUGCUGAGUAUCCGGUGCAGAGGACAAUGGAGUACGGUAUUCUUGGUCCACAUCGACAAUCCUUAUCCGAAAGCUCUGAAGUGGAUGAUCUCAGUGGCAUCCAUUGAGACGAAGAAGUGGAGCUUCGAAGACGUUUGUGAAGAGCUCUUCCACCCGGUCAUGUCCAUCUUCACCGGCUUCAUGAACGCCUGCGUUUGCCUGGGCUCCGCUGCCGGAUACCUCAUCGUUUGUGGACAGGUCUUCGUGGUGAUUUUCCAGGCGGACAACGCCACCAGGAACCUCUUCGUGGUUUUGGUGGGGAUCUUCGUUUGCUGCCCGAUGGCUUUGGCUCGACAUGUGGGCUUCAUGCGGCACCUGGCGGCCUUGAGCGUCGGUGCCUUGAUCCUCCUCGUCAUCGUGGUGGCGUGGUACAUGGGUGACCGGGGCAUCGACGAGAGCGUCACAACGGAGAACUUUCUCCUGGGCCCAGGUGGAGCUACGUUUAUCACCUACAUGAACUCCAUCAACAACAUGAUCUUCGCCUACAACAACCAGUUCAACGUCCCGCAGCUCACUGGGGAGCUGACGCCCGAGCCCAGCCGCAAUGGCAUGACGAAGGUGGCGCUCUUGAGCACCUCCAUCAGCUUCCUCCUUUACGCCUCGGUCUCCAUCCUGGGCGUCCUGGCUUUUGGGGUGGCCGAGAACCAGAAGGACUCCUUGAUCUUGGACUUGAUGCCCGUGCGAAAGGAGAUCCACGUCCUGAUCUCGCUGAUUGCAGUGAUGUUCAGCGUCCUCACCUGCUUCCAAUUCCACAUCUAUCCCGUCCGGCAGUUCUUGGCGUAUCUGGUGCGCAAGGCCCGCGGUCGCAGCUCCGACGAUGAGAAGACAGACGUGGUCUACUUCGGACGUAGCUUGACGCGGUGGUACGACAUUUUCUGUGCCUUGGGCUCGGUCUGCCUGGUGGUCCUCAUCGCGGUGGUUAUUACCAGCCUCCGGGCCAUGCUGGACUUCAUCGGGGCCUUUGGUGCUGCCUACAUCAGUUUCAUGGUGCCUCCCAUGUGGAUCAUCGCGCUCCGGCGCAAGGAUGAGAAGAACUUCUCCUGGUUCAGCCGGGAGAUCCUCUUUAGUGUUUCCUUCUUGGCUUUGGGCCUCUUCCUCUUCGUCUUCGGCACCUACUCGGCCAUCCUGCCAAUCCUUGGGCUCUGAGAGACGUUAAGCAGCGGUCCAUCUUCCGCCUCGCCUCGUGGAUCCGCGAUGGGGAUGUGCGAUCUCGGGCGGCGUUCCGCGGUGUCAUCCCCCGCGAUGUUUGCGGCAUUCCGCGACGCGACUUUAGACGCGGCAUCUGAAAUCCAGGACCCCCAAUCCACGGAUGCCCUCUUUAUUUUUGCUCUUUUUGGG